AGCUAUUGACAGCAGGCUCCCAGGCAGCUGUGCCCUGCAUGGAGCAGCACCCUGCACCGGCACCCACGGCCCCAACCGAUCUCCUCCCCUGCCAGGAUGUCUGCAUCUACACUGCAACCUUUCUGAGGACUAAAUCCACCUGACAGCCCCACAAGGAGCAGAGACAGCCCAACAUGGAGAACUGCACCACAGGUGAUGACGCACUGCAGAAUGACAUUGCGCUAUUUCAACUUAUUGUCUAUAUUCCAGUGUUCUCUUUUGGGAUCCCACUCAACACAAUUGCCUUCUGGGUCUUCUGCUGCAAACUCAAGAGGUGGACUGAGACCAGGGUGUAUAUGAUCAACCUCAUGGUUGCGGAUAGUUUCCUGCUCUUUUCCCUGCCUUUCAUGAUAUAUUUUACCAAGUACGACCAUCCCAUAGGCAAGCUGUGUUUCACCAUACAGAACAUCUAUUUUACAAACAUGCCUAUGAGCAUCCUUAUCAUCACCCUGAUUGCGAUUGAUCGAUACAUUGCAAUCAAGUUCCCUCUAAAAGCAAAGAUUCUUCGUUCCCCGCUGAAAUCAGCUUCUAUCUGUGGGUUUCUUUGGAUAACGCUGAUAAUUUACUCUUACUUGCACCCAAAAUUUCAUGAAAGAAAGGAACAACUCUGCUUUCGGAAACAAUCCCUUCAACCUAGUUAUAUAUCGUUAUUCUCCAUUAUCUUUGGGUAUUUUAUUCCCUUAGGGAUUGUGAUUUUUUGCUCAGUACAAGUCAUCAAAUGUCUCAAAAAGAAGACGGCCACAAGCCCUCAUGGGACAAAGUUAAUCCAGAAAGCAAUCCACAUUAUUUCUGUGAAUUUGUGUGUGUUCAUUGUAUGUUUUUCACCUUUCUACAUCACACUGCUCUUGCGGUUUGCAGUGGAUGUUGCUGGAGCUUGUUCUUUGAUCACAGAAGUUAGAGCCUCCAUUCAGAUCUGUGCAUGCUUAGCAAAUUCUAACUGCUGUUUGGAUGCAUUUUGCUAUUACUUUGCAGCCAAGGAAUUUCAGGAAUUUCCUUCUCUGUUCCCCACUUGUAUAUCAAUGAGGUGCAAGAUGAACCAAGAACAAGAGUCACAGCCAUCCACAGAUCAAGUCAUGACAAAAACAAGGUGUACUACACUAUAGGUGUUAAGAGCCACAGUGCUGUUAAUGUUUCGAGGCAGAGGGAAUGGGACCACCUACAGUAUUUGCAAUCAUUGUAGGUAUACGCAUACCUGCAAAAAGGGGCAACACCCUCCAAGGGGUCUCAUAUUAACUUGAAUUUUGUCCUUCUGUCCUCAGUGACUUGACUCAGGCUCUGACUGUUGUCUUGCGUUGUUGUAUUGCGGCUUCAGGUAUCUCCUGGUCAAAAGGGAGAGCCAUGUGGUACGGAGAACAGAUUAUAAGGCCAUUAUUUCUGCCAUGUGCUUAUUUGUACAUAUCCUGCAGCUAAACACAGGAAACUGAGCACCCUUACAGCAAUAUAUAAAUCCACUUCUGGUACUGUAAUAUAUAUGGUCACUUAAAAACAAGAAAAAGCCAAACUCAAUACAUCUGUGCUGCUCACACCAAAGAAUUUGCCCAUACAGUGGUAGCUUCCUGCAAACCUAUAUAAUUUUGAAGAUUGCAGCUGUCGCCAAGAUGCAGAUAUUGCUGUGCAUAGAGUAAACUGCAGGAGUCAGCCAGUGGCCUGAGACAGUCGCCCCAUUCCUGCCACAUAACACUUGUAUUAGCUGGUGGCAAUGGCCUGGCAUUUGUGAGUCUAAAAUCACUGUGGGUAUAAAUAAAGCCAUUACAGCAUGGAAAAACUGAGCUAUGAAAAGCGUUGUGGACCACAGAACGGACCCUUAGCAUUAUGCAUAUCAAGUAUAAAGCUGCGAAGAUCUGAUCUCACCCAAGCAACUACCAUAAGCCCUGGUGACAGGUUUGUCAUUGUACUUUAAUGGGAUCAAAUCUUCAGUGGCUGUCCUGUCUGGUGAGAGGUGAUCACAUCUGCCUGGGUCGGCACGGCCUCACGCUGCAGGAGUGUUGAUGCCCAGAAAACAGCAGUGAGCAACAUGAAGCAGAUGCAGCCCUGAUCCCUCCCUCACCAUGCAUGAACAGUUUUUGGGGGAGGUUUGGUGAGAGUGGGGUGUGUAGGGCCCUUCUGCAGAGAUAAGGCAGACCCACAGCAGGGGGCCUCUCGGCAUUGCCGUGUGUGAUGAAGCAUUGCUUUGGAUUUGGGGUUUUUUCUCUUUCAGCUGCUUGGAAAGUGCACAGUGGAGGUUCAACAGCUCUCCUGCACCUCAUUUUGAGACAUUUAACUCUUCCUAUGCAUUAUACAGAGAGCCUUGAUAUAUCCUAGCUGGAUUCCAGAUCAGGCAUCAGUUUUAAUGUCUGGCUUUCCAUGUACCAAAUUCCUCUAUAAUAUCUGUGCUUGCUGACUAUGCACCAUACAUCCUCCCACCCCACAGGGAAGUGGCAACAGAGCAGCUCAAAACAGUUAAGCCACAAAGAGAGGUCUUGGCGCACCGGAAGGAAGCGAUCUAUACAGAAACCUGGGCUGAGAGAGGAGCCAGUGCCAGGGCGUGACUACUUUGUCUUUAUCUGCAUAGAAAUUUCAUCUAAAAUUUUACCACAUAGUCACUUCAAUAACUUAAAGUCAGUGUGGGAAACUUUACAGAGUUUUUGAAAUACAUGUGAUAGCUGUAUCUUGGUUGGCUUCGUGGUCCUUGACUUUCAGCAUUUUCUGACUUGGAAACCCCUAAAAAAUGCCUCCAGGGAAUGCAAACCCAUAUUCUAUACUUCCUGAGUGAUAACUUAUUAGUAGUUCUCCUACAAGUGCCCUGUCACCUUCUAUGGUCUGCAGACCACAUGCUAAAACCACUGUCUGGACAUUGGCCAAACAACACAGGAAAUGAAUAAUCCCACCACAGAAAGUACUCCCCAUCCACACAUUAGAACUGCCUGCUUUGUCUCAAUACUUUGGAAGAGGUCCCAGUAUGACGGAAGCUGCAGUGAGCAACUGUGGCAUAAAGCUGGAUGAAACUACUCAGAUCACUCAGUUAUCAUUUAUGCCCUGAUUUUCUUCUUUGAUAUAUUAUUUAACGCUCUGCCAUUACUGGUAUUUCACUGCAAGCAGAGCAAAAGGGCCAUGUGUGUACAUGACCAACUUAAUCAUUGCACAUUCAUUCUGCCUUUUCAAAGACAGGAAAAGAUACAAGAGACAAAUAGUGCCUGAGCUUAAAAAAAUCUAUUGCUUAAGGAGAUGCAUGAGUAUUGUCACCCUUGUAGCCAUCAACAAAUAGCCUGCAACUAACUAUCCUUGGAGACCAAGAGGCAUAGGGUCCCCGUUAGCCCAUGCUCCGUUAUGGUGUGCCAUCAAUCGUCAUGACAGGCAUCACUCACGUGUCCAGGCAAGUGGUGUUCAGCAAGGAAAAAGACUUCUGUUUCCAGA